AUGUUGAGGCUCCCCAGCGGUGCAUGCCAGCUCGUCUGCCAGGCUUUCAAGAGCUACGCUGCAGCAGCGGAGCUGGAUGAGGUCCGAACGGCACAAGUACGGAGCGCCAGGAACAGCCCAUUCGGGGCGAGCAGCUCGUUCGCCACCAGCGGCAGCAGCAGGGGCGUCUUCAUGCAGUCGUUCGCCACCAGCGGCAGCGAAAUCGUGGGCAGGGGAAUUCAGGGAUACUGCGUGAUGCAGAAAAUCUUCAUGCACUCGUUCGCCACCGGCGGCAGCAUCAGGAACAACUUCGCGCCCUCGCUCGCCACCGGCGCCAGCGUCAUCGUGGGCAGGGGCAGCGGGAGAUACUUCGUAAAGCUGCGCGCCUUCACGCACUCGUGA